CCUUGCUUGGAAUCUAACAAGGAUUGGCAAGACUGUAGAAUAUAAUAUAAACAGUUGAGAUGUCGCCGACGAUAAAGCAAAAAGGAGAAAUCGAGACCACGAGUCCUCCUGUAGGCGAUAAUCUUACCGAGAGCAAAGAAUCCUCGCCUAUUGCAAUGGUCGUUGCCCCGAACACGGAAAUGGGAGAAGGCAGCGUCACAGAAGAACCAACGAAGCAUGCCGAGACUGAUGAAGCUGAAGGGAAGAAAACAAUCACUGGUGAUUCCAUUCCCGAUGUCGUGCCUACUACGGACCAAAUUCCGAUGGAAGUCCAAGUCGCUAUCGAUGGAGCACCAACCCAUGCCACCACUGCGGGAGAAGAUGGCGUUCCAUUAGAAAUCAUAUCAUCAGAAGAAGUACAAAAUGAUAUCAACAUCGGUGGCGAUGGCGGCAACGAGGUCAGCGGUAGCAUUGGCGAUGGUUAUCAGGCCGACAAUGAUCACCGCAAAAACACAAAUCCCCGAAGCAAUAUGAAUGGGCAUGGGCGAAUGCGAGGUACCAAUAACCAACUUUCCAGCAACAGCACAAUCGCGGACACAGUGAGCAUAGAAGACACAGCGGGCCUUUCCUUCCGCUCCAGAAAUGUGUGCAAGGUUAUCAAGGGUGAGAUUCACAACGUCCUCAAUAUUAUGCGCACUGAUCCACAAUGUGCCAGUCCAUUACGAUUCUUGGAGGAAAUGCCAACCGAUGAGCUGCAUCCACUCUUUGAGCGCUUCAGCGAAUUGCAUCAUUCCAUGACAGAUUGGGAAUUGCGGUAUGGCGGAAGCUCCCAACGCCAUCAUCCAGAAGCUCGGCUCUACCUUCCUCCCUUUUGUGUGGCGAUUCAAUCGCGAGAUAUUUCCGCCAAGGUUACCGGGGCAGCCCUGCAAUCCCUUCAAAAGUUUUUACUCUACGGGUUUCUGGCUAAUGAGGGACCCAAUGCCUUUUCGACAAUUGCGAACACUCUAUUGUUGUGUACCUUUGAAGAAUCCUCCUCCUUCGCCUCUGCAAACCAUGAACGUGGUGUCAACCAAGGCGAUGGGGUAGCUCGUUCGCAGGGGCGAUUCGCCAGCAGCGGUUCUGCCAUAUCCUCGAAAAACUCGGGCCGGGAAGAUGAUGAACAGGUCGUCUUACGACUAUUGGAACUGUCGGCCUUAAUUGUUCGAAGUGCCUCGAUCGAAUUGAAACCGGACAUCGUAGUGGGAUUGCUCGACAUCUGUUUGCAUGUUUCUCAUCGAGCCAAACGAGCAAGUUGGUUGCUCAAGAGCGCGGCGUCUGAUGCCAUGAAACAAAUUGUGUUGGAGGUAUUUUCAAAACCUAAUCUGGCAAAGAAGAGGCAAGAUAUACUGGCAAAACUUGCGAGUCUUUUGAACCCUAAGCACAAUUCCAAUGCCUAUGUGGUAAACUCCUUGACCCUUGUCAAUUUUGCUUUGGAAACACUGACGCCAGAAAAACUCACCAAGAAAGAGAUAGGCAUUUUGAAGAAAGAUCUGUGCAAGUAUUUGCUGAGUUGGAGCACGACCCAUGAUUUGCUAAUCCUCAGCCUGACAAUGCGGGUCAUUUUCAACCUUUUCCAGACGAUUCGGAACCAUUUGAAGGUUCCUCUUGAAGUCUUUCUGACGAGUGUCCAUUUGCGCAUUUUGGAGCACUCUGCCAUCCCCGAGGAGCGCGAGGUAGCCCUAGAAUCGCUCUUGGAGUUUUGCCGAGAACCGGCCCUAGUUAAAGACCUUUAUCUGAACUAUGACUGCGAUGUCCAGUGUACCAACUUGUAUGCGUCGAUUUGUAAUACAUUGGCAAAUGUAACAGCACCACUUGGCCAUCGAACUACACAGGAAGACACGGCAGGCAGAGUCAACAGCACCAGCCUUUUAAGUCGAAGAAGUGCUUUUGCCAUCGCUUAUAAGGCAUCCUUGGCCGCAUCGGAAGUUCCGAUGAACGUUUUGUGUGUUCAAGCCAUGGAAUGUUUGUUGACUAUCAUAGAGUCGAUUGCUCGUCGAUGUAAGAACCACAAUCAACAACAAAACGGGCCUGGUGGUUCCAACAAUAGUAACAGCAAUAAUAGCACAACCAACAGCCACGCCGAUGGUAGCAAUAAAAAUACUCGGUUUCCUUAUUCGUCUUCUGCCUCCGUGGAUUUGGACGACGACCUGGAAAUGUCGGAAGAAGAUCUGCAAGAGAGAAAGCGUAGAAAAGCUGCUCUUUCGCGGGUUGCCGAUGUUUUCAACAAGGAUCCAGAUUCAAAAGACUGGAUGAAUAUGGGAAUUCAAGCAAAGGUACUGGAGGAAACUGCCGAGAGUGUUGCCCUUACAUUGUACACGGCUCCUGGUAUACGUAAAGACAAGUUGGGAACGUACCUGUGCAAAGGUCCCGAAGAAAAAUAUCCAUUUCAUCACAAAGUUAGGUUGGCCUUCGUCAAACGUUUUGAUUUUUCUAAUUGUGGACGAUUUGCAAACGCACUUCGAAUGUAUCUACACAAGUUCCGACUACCUGGUGAAGCUCAGCAAAUUGAUAGAAUCAUGGACGCCUUUUCGAAGGAAUACUACAAACAACAAGGGAAGAAGAGUGUCUUCAAAAAUUCAGAUGCCGUGUUCGUACUGGCAUUUUCAACCAUUAUGCUGAAUACGGAUUUACACAACCCAAACAUCAAGAACAAGAGGAGAAUGACGCGCCAGCAGUUUAUCCGCAACAAUCGAGGUAUCAACGCAGGAGGUGACCUUCCCGAAGCCAUGCUUGCUUGGCUAUAUACAGAUAUAAGAGAAAAUGAAAUCCAAGUUCAACGAGAGAUUGGAGAAUUUAUUAGCCAUUCUGAUGCUUUGGACGCAGAACACUUUCGGGGAGCUUGGGGAGACAUGUUGCGAAAAAAUGUUGCUGUGGCUGUAUUUACUACUGCAGACGAAGCCCGCAGAAGCAUGUUUGAAGCAGGUGUCCACGAAAGAGACAUGUUUUUGGCGAUUGCCAAGCCUGCUUUGCGUGCCAUUUCGAGUGCAUUCGUUCGAUCUUGGGAUGACGGAAAUAUAGUUUCGGCACUUAAAGGAUUAGAGCAAAUGGCCAAGAUAAGCACGUUCUUUUCCUUUGAUGAUAUCUUGAAUGAUAUCAUUUCAUUUUUGUUGUCACAAGGCCGGGAUUACAUUAUAGGCUGUGUCACACUUGAAUACUCUGGGAUCGAAAGUGGAGCUCCAAUUAGUCUUGAUCAUGCGGACGAUGAGAGCACGAUGGCGUCGAUGAGUAUUGUGGACGCCGACUCGCCUGUACCACAAGGUUUACUUCGCGCACGAGAGAUUGCAAGCGUAGACACAAAGAAGGUAGACAUCAAUGGGGCAGCUGCUUACCGUGGACUGCUCGCUCUCAACAUGGGGCUUAGAAUAGUGAGAACACUUUUUCCUCGAGUUCGAAGUGCGUGGCCAGAGUUGAUUGAAGUUUUCGGUUGCCUCCGUGAUGCCCGGGCUCUACCAGCGGGUCUGUCUGAUCUUGAUGAUUUCGCUGAUAGCGCCGGCAAUGUGCUUCCUUUGUCUCUUUUUGCACGAAACUCACAAAAAAGACUCGACGAAAUAUAUUGCAUCAAGGUUGAAAAAAAGGAAAAUACAAAUCAAGGAUGGCUUCGAGGGGUUUUUGGGAGAGGGAAAAGCCAAGAAUCUGUUACAUCUGUGAAAAAGUAUCAAUCUCGUCGAUGGCGAGCAUCGAAGAUUUCAAAAAAUGCAAGAAUUCUUCUGCAAGUUGCUGAAUGGACUGAGAUCGAAAAGUUUAUGGUUCUUCGGAGUCACCUUCGACUGCAGUUGGUGAAGCAGAGCAUCAAUGGAUUGCUCGGAUCUAUUGAUAUCGCACCCCCGACUCCUUCUCCUACAUAUGAACAGCACCAGGCCUUCGCUCUAGAACUUGCAGCACGAGCCCUUCUGGCAUCUGACGAACGGGCACCGGAGCUCUUCCCGAUUUUUUUGGCGAAAUUUAGAUCACUGGCGGAGAAAGUAAAGAGACUGAAACGUCCAAUUCCGGCGCCAUUCUUGAUGGAAAGAAUGAUUGUGACCAUCGUAAGAUCCAGUAUUCAUUUGUACAAGAUCCCUGAAGUAAGUUAUAUGGCGUAGAGUACUGAAUCUAUCGUUUGAUUUUAUAAUUUGCGAAAUGUGAAAGCCGAAAUCAAGAUUGAUUUAUCUUCUUCGGCUCAUCUGAAGUCUAAAAUCAAAAUUUAUCCUUCCUCCACUUUAGAUGCGACCGCAACUUUGCACGUCCCUUUCUCUAAUAACAGGAUUCCCUAAGCCCUUCCUUGGUCACAUUGCUGAUAGAACGGCGUGCGGUUUAGCUAUCAUCUGGCGUUCAUACUUCUCGUCGUUCGAUUCGCCGAAGGACUUGAAGUUAAUUGGUGACUUAUUCAAUACAGCAGCAAGUUUUCAACGUGGAAGAGGACUGAUUUUUGAUGGCAUUGCAUCAACUCUUGAGUUUACACUUCCCGAUCCCUCGAUUUCCAACAUGUUACAAUACGAAGAUGAGCUUCGUCAAAAAGAGACACUAUCUAUAACGACAUGCGCUGCUAUUCAGCGAAUUUUGCUUAAGUAUAUCUAUGGGGAAUACGAGCAAGACUUCUCAUUAUCUAUUCCAGCCAUGGUAUGUGUGGAAAAGCUCUACAAUCACGUCGUGCAGGUCAUGCUGAUAGAUAUGAAGAAUAACCCAAGCCCCGAUCCCGACUUCGAACUCCCCUGUGUUCCCGAUCUCGAAUUGUGGCACGGUAUUUCGGUUGGGUUCUUUGUCAUGUGCACCAACGACGAUAAACGAAUAUCCACGAAGGGACUUGAAGCUUGCCAACGCCACAUGUUUGUUCCCGAUAUUACCGAGAUCCCCGACAACAAAUGGGUGGCAUUGAUCAACACCAUGAUCAAUAAGCAACCGUCGUUGUUCUCCAUAACGUCUCGGGUCAAUGCAUUGUCGAUGAUUGCCCAGCUGAUGGUGAAGAUAUUCCCAAGCAUGACUUCGAGAGAGAAAAACUGGGAGGUAUUGACCGAUUUGACGAAGAGGGUCGUAAUGGUUGCAGAUGAAAACAUGCAAAACAGGCAAUCCCCAGACGAGCUCUUUGAUCUAACCGCGACAAUCGUCACGCAUCUUUCUUCGCAAUUGGCGUCUCCCAAGUUUGGAGGAGAACGAAGAUAUUGCAAUUGGGCCAGCGGUUUGUUUACUAAGUUAUUAGAAAGAAACGGAGCAAUCAAAUCAAAGGAUGACAAUGCCUCAGAGAAAGAAAGAGACGGAGAUGGUGAUAGUGUUGAAGAUGUCACAGAUGAUGUCAACAUGUCGGAAGACGACAGCAGCGUCGAUGACGACGAUGACGAUGAAAGCAAAGCGGACGAUUAUCUCUCGGAAGAAGAAAGUAGUGAUGAUGAGGAUGGCGAGAGCAAAAAGGAUGGAAAUGAAAUCUCAGAUGAAGAAAGCAAUGGAGACAAAGAUGUUGAUUAUCUUUUGGAAGAAGAAAGCAGUGUCGACGAUGGCGAUGACGAUGACGAUAGCACAAAUGACCACGGCAAUAAUGGCAAUCUCACGGUAGAAAGCAAUGGAGGUGAUGGGGAUAACAGCGACGGUAAUGGAAAUGAUAACGAUAACGACAACGAUAACGAUAAGGACAACGACAACGACAACGAUAACAACAACAAUAACGACAACGAUAAAGACAACAAUAAUGAAAACAAGGAUAAUGGGGAUGAUGAUGAUGACGAUGACGGUAGCAAAAGCGGCAGCAACAGCAGCGACGACGGCAGCAAUAGUGUCAGCAACAGUGUUAGCGAUGAUGAUGGUGAUAGCGUCAGCAACAGCGGCAGUGAUGAUGGCAGUGAUGAUGGAAGUGACAAUAGUGGCGAUGAUGGCAAUGACGGUGGCAGCAACGAUGGCAGCAACGAUGGCAGCAAUAGCGUCAGCAGUAGCAGCAGCAGUGACGAUGACAAUGACGAUGGCAGUGACGAUGGCAGUGACGAUGGCAGUGAUGAUGGCAGUGAUGAUGGCAGUGACAAUGGCAGCGACAAUGGCAGCAACGAUGGCGGCAAUGAUGGCAGCAACAACGGCAGUGACGAUGGCAGUGACAGUGACAGCAACAGUGACAGCAACAAUAGUAGUGGCAAUAGCAGCGACGAUGGCAGCGCCGAUGGCAGCGACGAUGGCACCAAUGAUGGCACCAAUGAUGGCAGCGCCGAUGGCAGUGACGAUGGCAGCGAUAGCGGCAGUGACAAUAGCAGUAAGAGUGGUGGCGCUGACGCCAGCAAUAGCGAUAGCGAUAGCGACGACGACGACGCGUCCACAGAGCCAUAGAGAAACCAGCGACACCAUCCGAAUCAACGGUCUCCCCCAAAACACAUUUAUCAGACUAAAUGGAUGAACUUAAAGAUCAUACUGUUCCCAUACUCUGUUAUGGGUUGUAUUCAAAACUUUUUGUUUGUGGUUCAAGAGUUCUUCUCUGAGACAAAUUUGGUUUCAGAUUAGGGCCGAUCACAAUUUCAUAGUAUAGAAUGAUUUAGAAUGUCUUGCAAAUUAAAUAGUUUUUACUAGA